GUUUUUUUCAGAGCCUGAAGAGGCUCCUGCGCGGGAGAAGGCGCCGCGGGGGUCGCGCCGCGCGGGCGCCAAGACUGACGACGACUGCGAAGAGCGCGCGGCCGCGUGCGCGCCGGCGCCGUCUUUCUCACUGGCCUCUCUGGAGUCGCUGCAGCGCGCCGACGUCUUCUCCAUGGGCGCGACGUUCGUUGAGAUCUUCACGGCGGAGGCCAGCGGGCGGCAACAGCACGUGGUCGACUUGCCUUUCCUCCUGCAACUGCGGAGUGCGCUGCUGCAGCAGCGCACUCCGCAGUUGCAGGAGGUGAGCGUGCGGGGGGCGGUGCGGCCUCGCCAGCGGGAGAGCGAAGCGGCCUCUGCUGGCGCCUCAACGCGGGCGGCCAGAGACGCGAGCGGCGCGCGCGACGCAGACUCUGCGCGGCCGUCUGGCUGCAGACACGAAGAAGAGGCAGGCGAGGGCGAGAGGCAGCUAUCGCAUGGCCAGCGCGGCGACAGCCAGGCGGAGGCGUCGCCAGUGCAGGCCGUGGAGGAGAGAAGCGAGGGGGAUGCGAGGCGCAGGGGCCGUUCGCGCGGCUCGCGUAGUCCAGCGCGUUCAGCCUCGAGUGGCUUAGGGCGCGUCGCGCCGCCUCCGGCCGUGAAGCGCGCCCUUCAGAGCAUCGAGAGCUCGCGGGUGCGCCGCGCGCUCGAGGAGAUUCUGCUGCGGCAGCCAGAGGAGCGGCGAACGGCGCUGGAGUGUCUCGAGGGCUGGGGCAGCCCUGGGAGCUCCAGCGCCUUCUUUCCGCCGGCCUUCUUCUCCUGCUUCUUCCCGCUCUUCACCGUGCUUACGCAUCCGAGCUACCAACAACCCGACGCGCGGCUGCUGCUCAUCCGCAGGUUUCUGCCGCACUUUGUCGCCGCGACCCUCCAGCGAAGACGCAGCAGAGGCGGCCUGCGCAACGCCUCUGGGAGCGCGGCUGCGCGAGAGAGACGACGCCGAGGGAUAGAAGAGGAGAGGCGCGUUCUGCAGGUGCUCGACGCCGCCGUUGAUCAGCUCGUGGUCCGCGUGGAUCCGCAGGUCAUGUUUCAGUCUAUCCUCCACGGCGCACUGACGUCCCCCAACUGCACAGCGGUCGCCACCCUCGUGAGCGCCUGGAGCUCGUCGCGCCGGCGCGAAGCCCUGGCGGGGUCUGCAGCGGCGGCUUCGGUUUUGGGUACCGCGUAUCGCGAUCCUUCAGAGGUUCUUUCGGCGCCUCCUUCUCGCGUCUCUCUGUCCGCGCCGAGCCUUGCGGCCGCCGCCGGCGGCGUUCGGCCUUCUCUGGACGGCCUGGAAGGCGCGCCGCUGGGCGAUGCAGCGUCGCCUCCGGCGCAGCGCAAGGGCGGAGGCGUACAGGCAAGAGAAGCCGCGCGAGAAGCCGAGGCAGCGGCGACCGGGGCGGCUGCAGCGGUUGGAGGCUUCAGCGAAGUGCCGCACCCUGACUUGUCGCUCGACUCCGCGCGGAGGUUCUCCACCAAGCUGCUGGCGCUCUGGAAGAAAAGCCGAGCGCUGGCAGUCGAGAAGCGCUUGGCGGCGGCGGACGUGGCGCGCGAGCUCGAGGCCGAUCGGCGCGCGCUGUACGACGGCCUGUUUCUUCCGGCGGAGGCGGGGGCUCCAUCCUCUGUCGCCUCGCUGUUUGAGGAGGAGGAGCGGCUGUUCGCGGGCUCCGCGGGCGACGGAGAGCGGGCCUCAAGGGCCUCCGCUCGUGGCGAAGUCGAGGGCGAGGAGGCGCAGGAAGAUGAGGUUGAGGCGGGGUCUGGAGUUGCGUCGGUGUGCUCUGCGUCUCACACGUCGCCCUUUCUGGCGGCGUCGCGGGAUGAAUUCGCUUUCCUUGCCUCCUUCUACGAUCCGGAGCUCGUGUCAUACCCUUCGCUUGCCGCGCUCUUUCAGGCAGCCGCGUGGGGCGGCGCGCCUGGGGCCUCGAGCCCCGCGGCGGUCUCGCUGCGGCGGGGGACGGCGGCGAUUCUCGCCGAGUUGAUUGGGAGCACGCUCCAGCACUGCAACUCGCCGCAUGUGCGCGCAUGCGGCGUGUCGAUGCUUGCGUUUCUCGCACGCUUUUCGUCGCUGCAUGGGCUGCUGAAGUGCGUCUUGCCCUACUUGCUCCGCGCCCUCGACGACGCCGUGCCCGCUGUGAGAAUCGCAGCCCUCCGUGCGCUGCCCGCAGCCCUAUCGCAGAUCUACCUCCCGCGCGACUCUGCCUCUGCGGGGGGGCAAUGCACCCGCGCGACGCCGGAGCCCGGCAGGCGCGAGCCGGGAAGCAGACCUUGCGCGAGGCCGGCGGGCGCCGGCGACGAGGAGGACAGGCGACGCGAGAGGAGACAGGCCAGCGCGGAUGCGGCGCGGGAGAAGAAAGUCUCGUUUGCCUCGCGUGACGCCGCGGGUCGAGCCAGGCGCGAGCGGGACAGCGACGAUUCUCAACGCGAAGAGGAAGGGUACGCCAUCGACGCGUCUAGCGAAGACAACGAAGCAGAAGGAGAUGCCUUUGAUGACCGGGCGGCGGCGCGGGGAUUGGCGGGGGGGUCGUUCGAUUUUCUCCUCUUCUUCUGCCAGACGGUGCUGCCGCGUGCGCAGCAGCUGGCGACCGGCGAUGGCGAAAUCUCGGUUCGGCUCGCCGUCGCAGGGGAGCUUCCUAGGCUCCUCGUGGCGAUGCGGCACUGCCUCGAGCUCCAAUCUGCUGCGCAGGCGACGGCGUUUGUGCUCGCGAGAGGAGCGGCAUCCGCGGCGCCUCCUCCUCACGACUUCGAGGAGACUCGCGCGCCGUCGGUCGUUCUGCUUCGCGACGCGCGUGUGCAGCAGCUGCGUGCAGCAGUGAAGCCGGUGCUGCAGCAGCUGCUGACGAGCCGGCAGCCUGCGGAGCGUCUCGCGCUUCUGGAGAGCGUCAACGUCCUGGCGGAGUUCCUUGGUCCCGAAGAGACGCAGCAAUUCCUCCUUCCGUACCUGAUCAUGCAGGUGAACGACCCGCUAGCGCCCUCGAUUCGCGCGGCUGUCGCGCUCGCAUUCGGGCGCGUUGGGCUCCAGCUCGGCGGCACGCGCGGGACUGUGGAGACAUGCAUUCUCCCCUGCUGCGAACAAGCGCUGAUCGACGCGCGCGAGGAAGUCCUCCUCGCCGCGCUGCAUGCGCUGCAGCUUCUGGCGAGUGCAGGUCUCCUCGCGGCUGUCUCGAGUUCACGACGCGACGCGGGCGCCACUGGCGCGGCCGCGGGGGGGCGCCGGGGGGGCGUCGGGGUGCUGUCGCCUCUGUCUCUGACGCUCGGCCUGCUCCAGUCGCGCGUCUUGCCGCUGCUCGCCAUGCCGGCAGCGGCUGUGCGGGGCGAGGUGCUGCAUCUCCUGCGUCGUCUCGAGGCCGCGUGGGGGCGCGCGGCGAGCUUCGCGCUGCUGCUGCCGCUGCUGGAGCCCUUCACGAAGUCGCGGGGGGCGGAGCCGACCGCGGCGGGCGGGGCUGUCCCGGAGGGCGCGCAUGCAGGUCGCGAAGCGGCAGCCGAGGCCCCUCCGAGGCUGCUGCUGAGUGUCGGCGACCUCCCGCGAGUUCUGCGGCCGCCUCUCGCGCGCGCUGUAUACGUACGCCUGUUGGAGCCGCGCUUCCGCGGAGCCUUUGCGGCGCUUGCGGCGGCGGUCGCCGCGGCAGAUCGCGGGGAGUUUGAGGCAGACGCGCUUGCGCAGCUCGUCUUCCAUGGCGACGACGCCCGCGCCUCGCGGCCGAGGCCUGCGCAAGGCGCGCGCGCCGCCGCGGGGCUUCCGAGUGUGGGCGAUGUGCGCGGGGCCGGAGGCCGCAGUGCGAAGGCGGAGUCGUCCGAAGCGGCGAGUCGAUGCAGCAGCACCUCUGACGCAGAUUCGGGGCCGGAUACCGACGACGAAGAGGCCGACGAAGACCCGCCAGCGGCGCGCAUGCAGCGUCUCUUUGCCGAUUUCGAGGGCUGGUGCGGUCGCCCGCAGCAGCCCGCCAGCCCCUCGCCGAGCCCAGCGUGCUGGACGGAUCUCGUCGUGCGGUUCCUCGUCUUUGCACGCGCGCGGUUCUCCUCGUCUUCUUCGUCGGACUCCUUUCGUCUUCCUUCUUCGCCGCGCGCGCGUGCGUUGUCUUCGGCUGCGGCUGAGGCCGAGCUGGGCGGACGCGCGCUGUGCCGCGCGCAGCUCGAGGCCCUGGGGCUGCUCCUGGGUCUCCGGCCCGCAGACCGCCGCGCGCUGCUGCUGCUGCUCCCCUACCUGCGCAGCGUCGACCGCGCGGCGCCUCCCGCGGGGUUCAGCCUCGCCGCACUGCCGUGUCUCUCGCCGGUGUGCCUGUCGAAGCCCUCUGCCGCUCGCGGCGACGCCCAGGCCCACAUCCUCCGCGCGCUCUCGGGCGUCGACCAACUCGACGAGGCGCUCCCCGCGGGCGAGCCGCUGACUCUCGUUGAGGACGAAAGCGACGGAGGCGAGGCCGAGGAGACAGGUGGCGAAGAGGUCGCAGCGGGCGACCGCGAGCCGGCGCGCGCGCCGCGCGCGGGGCCGACAGUCUGCCCCUGCUCGCGACCGCCGCAGACCGAGGCCGACUUCCUCAUGAGCUGUUUGAUGUCGCCGCCACUCCCUGCGGCGGCGCACUCGCUGCCCUCUCUGCGGCUGUCGCCGCUGCAGGCGCUGUUGCCGCUUCUUCCGGCGUCGCUCGUCAGCAGCAGCUCGUGCGAGAUCGCCUCGCUGCUGCCGGUCUGCCUGGUGCUUUGUCUCCGUCGUCAAGAGGUCGAUGGACGCGCGGGCGGCCGCGCGGCCGCGCUGGCGCUUCGGGACGCGGCCGAAGGCGCCCGGGUGCGCGGGGCGGAGGUCUGCGACGCCGCGGCGGAGAUCGUCCGCGACCUGGAGGAAGCAGGGCGAGCGGCGACGGGCGCCGCGCAGCUCCUGGCCGUCGCCGCCGCCGCAGCCGCUGGCGCCCGCCAGCCGCUGCCUUCUCUCCAACAGGCGAUGCUCGGGCUGCCGGCCCCUGGCGAAGAACUGGCGGAUCUCCUCUCCCGUGACGACGCGUCCCGCCUCUCAGGUCUGGCGCCCUUCGAGCUCUUCCAGGCGGCGGUCGUGGGGGCGACGGCCGCAAGCCGCUUGCGGCCGCGCUCGUUUUUAGAGUAUUCGAUGGCAUCGACGCCGAGCGCGGCCGGCGCUGGCGACGAUCGGGCUGCGCGGGCGUUCUGUCUGCCGCUGCCUCUGCAACGCGACUGGCGGUGUGUGGUGCUGGGCCUGCCGCGGCGGCCCUCCCUCGAAGUGGGGCGGCUCCUGCGCGGGGGCGCGGGCGCCGACGCGGGCGCACUGAAUCUGUAUUCCUACCUGACAGCGUCACCGCCAGUGUUCCUUCUUCGUCAUCCGCUGCUCGUCCAGCCGCACGCUUCUGCGGCGUCGCGUGACGCCGGGCCCGGCGCCGCCUCGCGGCGCGCCUACGCGGCCGCCGUCUCAGCGUCCUCUCUCCUGCUGGCGCCCCCGCACUUUAACGCCCCGCUUGCCCCGCCUGCCGCUGGGCCCGCCUCCGCCGGCGGGUCGACAAGCGACGGGGCGACACGCGCGCUCGCAGUUGGGUCUCCGGGCGACGCAGGGGCCUUCGCAUCCGCAGUCCUCGGGCCCGUCGGCGGCGUCAUGCGCCUCCUCCCGGGCUCUGCUCCGCAGGGGCUUUCUCGCCCGGGUGGGGGUGCGGCGCUCGCCCCGUCUGCGGCCGGCGGAGACGCGAAGGGUGAAGCCUCUCUCGCAGGCGCCGCGGCGCGCGCCGGCACGGGCGCCCAGGAGACUGCGGGUGUGGGCCUGCCGCCGGGGGCGGCAGGCCCGCACGACGGAUGGCAGGUCGGGUCUCGCCCCGGGGCCUCCACGACGGGCCCGGGCCCGCUUGGAGCCCUGCACGGUCGGAGCGGGGCACAGGCGACGACUUCGCGGGGGGGGGUCGACGACGCCGCGCGCGCGGGGGCCGCGGGUGGGGGCAGCCUGCAGAGCGGCGCUCAGGCGAGCGCACGCCCAGGGGCGGGCGAGGGCUGGGCGUCGGGCUCGGGGGGCGUGGCGGGGCCCGCGACGACGGGAUGCGGAGUCGUGCUAUGUGCAGUGCCGGGCGUCGCGGACAUGGCGAAGUGGCGCCCCAAGGGACAGCUCGUUGGCAUGCUUCUCGCGCAGGAGCUCACGGGCGCGCGUCUGGUCGACGGCGCGAGCUGGAGCGGAGACGGCGGAAAGCGCGCGCGGAGAGAGCUAAAGAAAAAAGGAGCGGCGGACUGCCGCGUGCAGCUAGCCAGCACGGAGGAUGGCAGACUCCUCGUCACCGGCUGUAUGGAAACUGCAGAGGGACAAAUCGCAGCGUGGGGCUGCGCGGAUCUCGUUAGGCACGGUCGAGCGUACCCCCUGGCGACGUGGGCUGUGCCGUCGCCUCUGUCGGCGACGACUCUCAAGUUCCUUCACAACGCGCGCGCGCUGGCGGUGGGAGCUUCUGACGGCAGCUGCCGCGUGUAUCGCGUCGACGGGGGCGGGUCGACUCUAUCUGCGUACUCGCGCACGCCUCCCUCCUCUGCGGCGGGCGGCGCAGGCGGUGCAGCCGAUCUGCUUCUUACGCUCCCUUCCCCGGCGUUUCCGCUUUUCUCGCCUUCCUCGCUCUCCUCGUCGCUCGUGCUGCGUCUGCAGAUGCCCCGAAGAGGUGCAUCCGCCUCGGCCCCGUCGCACAGGCUGCCCGAAGAGCGCUUCCUGUUUCGCACCCUGCUUCCCGCGUCGCUGCAGUCUCCUUCGCCCUUCUUUUCCGCUUGGCGGCCUUCCCUGGGCUCGUUGUCUCUCGCGUCUCUGUCGCGGACGCCCUCGUACGAGGCCCUGCUGGCGGCGAGCGCGGCGCGCGCCGCAGGAGCGGCGGCGGCGGGAGUUCGGGGCGUCGUGGGCAUCGAUCACUUUGACAGCUGCUUCGAACAGUUGCUGUUUUUCCUUCUCGAAAACGGGCACAUCGGCGGCUACGACUUGCGCGCCUCCUCGUCGCCAGUGUUCUCCGCCGCGGCCCUGCCCCCUUGGUGGGGUCUGCCGACGGCCCAGAGUGUCUCCUCGGACGGCAAGUUCGUCUGCUUGGGGACUGCGGGCGGCGUCAUUCUCCUCUUCGAUCUACGUCUGCUCCUUCCUCUGCAGGCCUGGCGCAUGCGCCAGAGACGGAAUUUCGGAGAAGACGAGGAGGCGAGCGACCGCCCCGCGCCUGUCAUUCUUCAGCUGCGGCCCUGCCCGCUGCACCUGCUGCGGAGCGACCGGAGAAAGCCCUGGGCGAGUCCGCACCGCCCCGCGCGCAACGCUCCCCUGGCGGCGGCGGUCUCCGCGCCUGGAGGCGCGCCGGCGCAGGGGAGCGGCGCUGAGUCGGAGGCGAAGGCUGGAAAGAGCGCAGCGGACGCGGCCUCUGCCGCGCCCGACAGCUGCUUGGCGCCGGUCAGUUCGUUCGCGACGCAGACGUCUGGGGCAGCGCACGCGGAGUUCCUCCUCCACGACCAGCAGGAAGGUGCUUCCGGCGCGGGCCGGACUCGAGACUGUCUCUUUCUGGCUCUUCUCGGCGGAGACGCAGGCGCCGCGGUUGUGCUGGAUGUCGAGGCAGGCCAGGUUGUCGCCACCUUUUCCAGCAGCUGUUUUCCUGCCGCCGAAGGGUGUGCGUUUGAAGACGGCGAUUUCGAGGAAGAAGGUGCUUGGAACGGCAGCAAUCCGGAGUGCGUUGACGCAGAAGAGGCCUUUGGGGGGACACGGAGACACGAAUCUUAUGAGACGGCACGCGGCGACUUUGCUCCCUCGUGUGUGGAGUCUUGGGCAGCCGAAGACGGGGCGAUGUGCUCGCCUCUCUACUGGCUCGAGGCCCUGCCACUCGCCUCGUUGCUGUCUCCCCCAGUCCGCGCGCCGGUGUCUCCAGCGGGUCUGGAGGCGGGUCUCGCCGCGACCGCGCUCUCCCCGCACUGUCCCCGAUGUCUCUUCGUGCCUCCGGCGCUGCGCGGCCCGCCCACAUUCUUCCUCACGGCGGGCAACGACCGCUGCAUCCGAUACUGGGGUUUGGAGGACCUGGCGCUGUCCUAUUUAGGCGACAAGCGCGGCGAGAGGCGCCAUGCAGAGAUGUCGCUCUUCCGUGCCUCGCUGGGCUCGGCAGGCGACUCGAACCAGCUCGCGGACUACACGAACCAGCUCGCGGACUACUCGAGCCAGCUCGCGGGCUCGGUUGUUUUUCGCCGUCGACGAGGCGCCGAUGCGUACGUGGUCGCCGCACCCGAAGACUCAUGUGCACAUCGCGGUACCGAAGGCCGCGACAGCGACGGUCUAAGGCUCGGGACCCAGGCAAGCGGCGGAGACACGGCGUCUCUCUUCACGUACGAAAUCCUGGAGGAGGAUCUGUUUAUUCACUUGAACAGCGAGGAAGGAGCCACUGCGGACGCGCACACCGUCGUCCACGUCCAGGAGAUCUGCCGGCGCCACGGUCCUCGCUACGCCCUGCGCCCCGCGACCGCCGGGCCAGAGCGGCGGUCGCGGAGGCCCCCUGCCGGCGACGGCGAAAAGGCGGGACGCGCCCAAGACCGUGCAGGCGAGGAAGGCCCGCGAAGUGGAGCCCAUGUGUCGGGAGAGCGAGGCGACGGGCUCAGCGAGCGCGACGCGCAGGGCGCGUCGUCGGCGCUGGGGCGGCCGCGGAGACUCUCCCGCGGCAUGUUUUCGGAUGUAUGCGGGACGUCGGAAGGAGAGAGCGACGGCCCCGGCGGGUCGCGGCGCUCUUCACUCUUCACGCCUAAAGCCGGCGCGCGCCCGCGCUGCUGCUGCUGUCAGCCGGCAGGGGGCAGUUCGUGUCGAAGCGUUGGGCGCGCGGGGGCGGAUGCCCACUCCGCGUGGUUCGACUCCGAGUUCUCCCUUUCGGGCGAGGAGAAGGAAUCGCACGUGGCGCUGGGGCACACGGGCCGCGAAGACCUCCUCCGGGACGCGGGCCCGAAGCCCCCCUCCGUUCAGCACCGCGACGCGAUCCUUGACCUCGCGUUCGUUGAGCUGCAGCAGCAGCUGCUUCUCGUCUCCUCCGGCCGAGACGGCGUCGUGAAGAUCUGGAGAUAA